GACAUAUCAGUGUGGAUGACGGAUCACCACCUCAAGCUGAACCUCGGCAAGACGGAGCUGCUCUUCCUCCCGGGGAAGGACUGCCCGUUCCAUGAUCUUGCCAUCACGGUUGACAACUCCAUUGUGUCCUCCUCCCAGAGCGCUAAGAACCUUGGCGUGAUCCUGGACAACACCCUGGCGUUCUCAACUAACAUCAAGGCGGUGGCCCGUUCCUGUAGGUUCAUGCUCUACAACAUCCGCAGAGUACGACCCUGCCUCACACAGGAAGCGGCGCAGGUCCUAAUCCAGGCACUUGUCAUUUCCCGUCUGGAUUACUGCAACUCGCUGUUGGCUGGGCUCCCUGCCUGUGCCAUUAAACCCCUACAACUCAUCCAGAACGCCGCAGCCCGUCUGGUGUUCAACCUUCCCAAGUUCUCCCACGUCACCCCGCUCCUCCGCUCUCUCCACUGGCUUCCAGUUGAAGCUCGCAUCCGCUACAAGACCAUGGUGCUUGCCUACGGAGCUGUGAGGGGAACGGCACCUCAGUACCUUCAGGCUCUGAUCAGGCCCUACACCCAAACAAGGGCACUGCGUUCAUCCACCUCUGGACUGCUCGCCUCCCUACCACUGAGGAAGUACAGUUCCCGCUCAGCCCAGUCAAAACUGUUCGCUGCUCUGGCACCCCAAUGGUGGAACAAACUCCCUCACGACGCCAGGACAGCGGAGUCAAUCACCACCUUCCGGAGACACCUGAAACCCCACCUCUUUAAGGAAUACCUAGGAUAGGAUAAAGUAAUCCUUCUGAC